AUGUCUCGCGGAGCACUGUUUUUGCUGCUGGCUCCUCUGCUUGGAGUCGAGUGCAGUGAUGCAUGUGCAGAUGAUGUAUCGAUUCUGCAACAACACGUGCGUGCGCCAGACGUGGCGACCGCUUUGGAGAGGCUGGAGGACCGGCUGAACUCCAUGGAGCGGCUGGCACUGACCCCAUUGAGCGCAGCACCGGAAGCCCAUCCGAAAGCAAGCAAUCUCGAGCUCCCGCGGUCGGACGCUACACUGAGCGCACAUCAGAAGCCAGCUGUUGCCGAGCAGCACAGUAAUCAAGACUCUGACGCCGGCGGCCUGAGUCAGCCUCACAGCAAGAUGCCGGUAAAUCUGCAGGAAUCGGGAGCUGUUCUGCAAAUGAACGGGCGAGGCUACCAAAGCUUCCCUUGGUGGCAGUGGCCACGGCAAGCUAGAGAGGCACCGCUCGACCAGACUGAAGAAAUCCGGGAGAUGCAGGAAGAAUUGGCCAGAAUCGCGUCAAGAAGCGGCCAGCAAGAGUUUCGCGAACAGGAGGCGCAGAGCCAGAUGCGAGCUCAAUUGAGCAACCAGGCCGAGACCGUCCAGCUCCUCAUUAACGAGGUGCGAAAGUUGGAAGACGAGACGGACAAGGAAUCCUCCGCCUUGUCCGGCAUGACCAGAGAUGUCCUGGCCAUGAACAGAAGCCUCCGUGCUUCGACAGCUCGAAACGGCCUGGAGAUCGGUGAGCUCGCCCAGCACCAAAGGACCGACGAGGCCCAGAUUCUUCAGACCGGCCAGACUCUGAGCGGACUCCUGCAAACGCAGCAGCAGGACGAGCUCAAGCUGACGAAUCACGAGGGCUCCAUCAACAAGCUCGGCCAGGUCCAAUUGGAAGAUGAGACAAAGCUUGGGCAAACCGCUCAGCAGGUCAUGGGCAUGGUCAGUCAGGUGGAGUCUGUGGAUGAGUCGCAGAAGCGCAUCAACUCCGAGUUCACAGCUGCAGAGGAAAAACUGAAUCAUCAGACCCACAGCUUGGAGAGCUUGGCGAAGAACAUUUCAGGCCUGGGCAAGCGUCUGAAGGACACCAGGACGGAAUUUCAGGGUGCGCUGCAGUCACACGGCGCGGAAAUUCUCCAGAAUAAGGAAAGUCUAGACAGCGUGGACCAGCAGGUUUCUGCACUACAGGCCUCCAGAGAGAAGGACAUCAAGCAUCUGUUGGACCUAUCGAAGAAUCACGAGGCAUUGUCCAUGGAGUUUGAAGCAGCCAAAGAGAGGCACGCGAGGGAGAUGUUUGCCGUCAACGAGUCAGUCAGCGGCAUCAUAGACUACAUGCAAAAGGCUCGCGAUGCAGUGGCAGCUCUUAACCAAAGCCGGCAGCAGGAUUUGCUUGGCCUCUUCGAGGAGACGUCGGAACUCAAAGAGCUGAUGGAGAAGGUGAAGGCCCAAGUGAGUCAACAAGGUGAACAUUUGGACAACUUGACAGAGAAGCACUGGAACAAGGUCGCAGAACAUGAAGAUCGGAUGGCGGAGCUGAGGCAGCUCAUUGCCAAUCUGUCGAUCGACAUCUCUGAGAGGCUGGGCAACCUCGACACGACCUGGUCCACCCGUCUGGCGGAAAGUGCUAUAGCUGUGCAGAACAAUCAGGCCAACAUUCAACACCUACAAGAGAUGCUCGAUGCCAUGGUUGGUGGGCAGCCCGGUGUGGCGUCCAACGAGUCCACCACCACCACCGCCGCCACCACCACCACCCCGAGCAGCACCACGAUGCCAGAUACGACCGCCGAUGCUGGCAACGAAGGCGUCCUGACAGCCGACAACCUGACAGCCGACAGCCAGACGAAUUCAGAUCAAGAGGUGGAGGAUCUUGCACAGUUCACUACGCCCAAGCUUGUGGGUGAGCUCAAGGAGCACGCAGAUUUCUUGGGACCUCGAGAUGUGAAAAUCCGCGCAGGGACCGCGCAAGCCUUCGUCGUGACAUCGACGAAUCCGGGACUCAGUGUAGUCAGCUUGGCAGAUCCGGCACAUCCAGCGCUGAUUGGCUCAGUGAACAAUGCGAAUGCCAUGGCCGAGGCACGGGCGGUCGCUUUGAGCGAAGAAGGUGAAGGUGGCCACCAUGCCUUUGUGGUUGCUUCGCACUCUGCUUCGGUGACGGCCAUCGACGUCUCUGACCCGGCAAACAUGCGCGUGGUAGGGUCUCUGCAGGACAAAGUGGCCCUGAGCGGUGCCCGGGCCAUCGUUGUCAAGGGAAUGUACGCCUUCGUCGCAGGCACCUACUCACACACAUUGUCUGCGAUCGACAUCUCCCAGCCUGCGCAGAUGACUUUAACAGGAACUUUCCAUGAUGCGGAUGACAUGCAAUUUCCAACCGGCAUCGACGUUUCUGACAACUUCGUGCUUGUCGCGAGCUCCUCCGGCCAUGCGCUGGUCAUCGUUGAUGUCUCGAACCCAGCAUCGCCGCAGAAAUACAGCGUUGUCAAAGAUGCUCCAAGCCUGCGAGAAGCACGAUGCGUCGUCGUGCAGGGAAAGUAUGCCUACGUCGCCAGUGCUUCGCCCAAUGCGCUUUCUGUUAUCGACAUCUCGGACAUGGCAAAUCCUCUUCUUGUUUCCGUUGUGGAACGCGCAACUGCGGACAUGGCAAGCCACGUUGCGGUCGACUGCCGCUUUGCCUAUGUGGCUAGUGCCUACAACGACGCCCUGACUGUCAUUGACAUCCACGACCCGCGGGUACCUCGCUACGUUGGAACGCUGAAAGACAACUCCAAACAGAACGGCAUCGAGACGGUGGCUAUUUCGGGGAAGUACGGAGUUUUUGUCAGCCCGGCGACGGACGCAUUGGUUGAAUGGCAGCUGCCUUAUUACUGCGACGCAGGAUCCACGCCUGAGGCACAGCAGUUUGGAGAAGAGGCGGAGGCAAACGUGCCAGCGGCAGAAGAAGUGCCAGAGGAAGAGGCAGAGGCCAACCUGCCAGUGGCAGCAGAAGUGCCAGAGGAAGAGGCAGAGGCCAACUUGCCAGUGGCAGCAGAAGUGCCGGAGGAAGUGCCAGAGGAAGAGGCAGAGGCCAACUUGCCCCAGGCAGCAGAAGUGCCGGAGGAAGUGCCAGAGGAAGAGGCAGAGGCCAACUUGCCAAAUGCACCGGUUUGGUGA